AUGUCUCACUGCCAUGAUGAACAUUUUGGCCAUGGCCACGACCACGACCACGACCAUGAGCAUGAGCAUGAGCAUGAUCACUCCGACGACAUCACACCAGCAGUACAGUUCUCACUCUACAGUCAAAUCAACGUUGAUCACAUUGUCACUCUGAAUGAGGCCCAGCGAGAUGCUGGUCAGAAAAUCGUCAAGAAGACGUGGCAAGAGAGGCUCAGCGCUGAGCCUGAGCUUGAGAGUGAUGUUGAUGAGCAGCUUCUCAUGACAGUACCAUUCACGGCCCAAAUCAAGCUUCACUCCAUCCUCAUCCGCACAUCCCCCUCAGCCUCAGCCCCCAAAACCCUCCAUCUCUUCAUUAACCGGGACGAUCUCGACUUUGCAGCCGCCGAGGAAUCAGACCCUAUUCAAACCCUCGAGCUCUCCCAGACAAGUGAUCUGCAAGAGAUUCCCGUGAAGAGAGCCCUGUUUGGAAAGGUGCAGCGGCUGGUGCUCUUCUUUGCGGACAACUUUGGCGAUGGUGAUGAGGAUGUGACCCGUAUCUCGUACAUCGGUUUCAAGGGUGAAUGGACUCAGCUUGGCCGAGCGCCUGCGAAUAUCAUCUACGAGGCUGCUGCGAAACCGGGAGAUCAUAAACUCAAGGGCGCGAGUGUGAAUCAGAUGGGGAGUGGUAUUGGAGGAAGGGGUCCUGGGAUUUAG